AUGAGUUUUGAAUUGUUACCAAACGAGAUUUUACUCGAUAUCUUCGAAUAUUUCAAUGGUAUCGAUCUUCUUCGUAUAUUCUAUGGUCUCAACUGUCGAAUCAAUAUGGUUCUUCACGAAAGAUUUCCCACUUGUACCGUCGAUUUGCAUUUAGUAUCAAAACGCUACUUCGACAUUCUCUGCCGAUCCCACUUCCCAACAAUGUCGAAAUACAUCAGCAGUUUUCAUCUCUCCGAUAGUGAAGAAACUCCCAGACAAAUCGAACUAUUUCUUUCAUCUCUAUCAUCAUUUCAGGAACUCAGCCAAUUGAAAAUUCUUUCCAUAUCAUAUCUUCGUUCGCAUGCAAUACUAACGCAAAUUCUCCAAGGAUGCUUUCAACUUUCAAACUUAACUCAACUCACUUUCUCCAACUGUUAUCUUCAAGAUGAUUGUGUCGAUUUUCAAUCGAUCAUCAAUCAAAUUUGGUCGUUAGAAAAACUAACUCAUUGCACACUUGGAAUUGCAGUCAAACGACAAUGUGUCUUUUGCACGCCAACAGUCAUUUCAUCGACACUCAAAUCUUUAUCGUUCGAAAAACUUCUGAUCGAACUGAAACAAAUCAAUCAAUUAUUCGAAUUCACACCAAACCUUCAACGCCUGUCAUUAUCUGUACUGUCAUUCGUUGAUAGUCAAUACCAACCAGCGCCGCUUCCGACUGUGACCAAUUUGAAUAUUCAUUCAGUUGUGAAGUGCGAUGCAUCGAAUAUGAGUCGUCUAUUAGAAAAUCUGCCCAAUCUUCAACAAUUAUCCAUAGAUUUAUCAUGUGAAAUUGUUAAUGGUAAUGACUUGGAAACGAUCAUUUCCAAUCAUUUACCUAAACUUGAAACUCUUCGAUUAAAAAUGAAAAUGGUGUUAUCCCCGCAACAAGAUCCGGUAGCUCGUUUCCAGACAUUGUUCAACUCAUACCGAACUGCUUUCUGGAUCGAUGAACGCCGUUGGUUUGUUCGUUGCCUAACAUCAGCCCGGCGGUUCUAUGUAUACAGUAUAUCGAAAAUAUUUGAAGAGAAUAUUCCACUAACAUUCAACUCAACUGAUCCACACGAUGAUGAACGAGACAUCAACUACGCACUAAUGAAAAUUUCCUCCUACGAAAUGCUCAGUGCGACGAUGUUUUCGAAUGCGUAUUUUACGAAAUUAAAGGAACUUCAUAUAUCUCUUCCAAUCGAUGAAAGAUUUUGGACGGCAACUCCAAAUUUAAAUCAAUUACAAACAUUAAAAAUCAUGUCACAUACGCAUACGUUUCGAUCACAAGUACAGGCAUUACUCAAGCGAACACCCAAUCUCUAUCGAUUGAGUAUUUGCCAACAAGAACCAACCAUUUUAGCAACGUCGCUAUUCAAAUACACGAAUGCAUCAAUUCGUGAACUUGAUCUUCUUGAUAUGAGCUGUUGCUUCGAUAAGCAAGAUUGUUUGAAAUUAAGUCUAUCGCCUUUAGGCGAACAAUGUGAGAAGUUAUCAGUUUUAGUUGCAGAUUGUCAAUGCAUCAUCUCGUUGAUCGAAAACAUGUCGAAACUUCGAGUGUUAAAUGUGCGAUGUCGAGAUGAACAGUUCGUACAUACAGAGAUGAACGAAGAUGAACGAACGCUUUGGUUAAAAGAUCAUUUACCGACGGGAUGUGUAGUUAUUCGCAAUCCCAAAUGCACGUGUAAUAUUCUUAUAUGGAUUUAA